GUGUUUCAUCAGGUUUUGAAGGUUACUGCCAGCAAGAGGACUGGUGAUGAGAAUUUUGUCACGUGCAUGCGGCACACCCUUGCUCGUCACUAUGGAAAUGAGCCAGUUGGAUUGGGGGGUGUGUUCGUGAUAGAGAAAGGCAAGGCUAAGAUUCACGUGAUGGUAAGUCAUUAUAGUAUUAAGCUAUAUGAGGCUUACGGACACUUGUCGAAUUCAGGGAAAAUUCGCACUAGUGAGUCUGCUCGCAGGCUAUUGAUGUUUAUGCUGAUUAAUCUCUUUCUUCUUUUCAGAUCUAUUAUCAAUGUUGUUAUUUGUGGUUUUCAUUUCAUCGCACUAAUGCACUUAACUUACUUACAAAGACAGGUUGAACAAGUACUUUCUUUUGUCACAUUAACAGCCAAGAUUUUCCGAAACUCCACUCAAGACAGACGCUGAUGUCAACAACUGGUUAAAGUUUUACGAAAUGAGUGCUCCACUUGUGUGCGUUGGAGUCUUUGAAAGUCACGACCCGGUAAGUUUAUUGAGAGGGUUGUAAGUUACCUUGGAGAUCGUAUAAAUGCAUUUAAGAUUCAAUGUAAAGGAGUCAAAUGGUCAGAUGUUGGUCUGUGAGCACAUGCUCAGUAGUUUGCUAGAUCGUUCGGGUAAUGUAUGACUUGGUUCGAAUACCGUUGCCUCUUCUAAAGAGUAGUGUAGGAGCAGUUCGGAAGGUGUCUCCGAAUUGGUCACAGGACACAAUGACAUGUCAUUCGUCCAACUGUUUUGUUUGGGGUAAGGGAAACGUACCCCUUCUAAAUCCUGACAAGACCAAGGUCUCCGUGUCUGACAUGUUCAAGGUAGCUUGUGGAGUUUCCACAAGCAGCGUUGCCGAGGGAUUAUUCAAACCGACGUCCUAUUGUUUACAUUUUUAGUUGCGCACUUGGUGGCACCGAAGACACGCCUAAAUAGCGGACAAUUGCAUCUACUUCCGUUUUGCGUCAGUUAUGUAAUACCUGACAAAUCGGUUUAAUGCCUAGAAGAAGUUGAUUUGUCCGUAUUCACGUCGUAAGUUUCCCUUGAAACUACUACAGUGUAGGCGGAAUAUUCGCCAUUGUCCAAUUUAUUAUGUUAAGGAUCGAUUUUAGGCAAAAUAUAGAAGCAUUUGAACUGAACCGAGAAGAUAAAAAUAAUCCAUAUAAGGCAGGAUGUUUGUUAAGCGAGUUUUUAGCUUCCAACCAAACUCCCACUCCCCGAUCCCAUAGUAACGAGUUUCGAUUGUCGGAUUCAUAAAAAGUGUAAAUGCUUUUUUUGUUUGUUUGUUUCAGGGCCUUGACUUGCGCGUUGAGCAUUUUCACUGCUUUAGCGAUCAUGGAGAAGGGGGUCACUACCAUUAUGAUGUUACACCUGAUGAGGUGCAAUACAGUGGCUUCUUCAACCUCGCCGAGAAGAUUUAUCGAAUUGAUCGACCGCUGGUUACACAUAGUGUUGGAAGAGACUGA